UAAUUAUGCUUGUAAGUCAUAUGAAAACAUCAAUAAUUAGCAGAAUUAGUAACAAGUAUAGCUGUAUAUCGUUUUGGGUGUGAGUGCGACGGCUUUAGGUCAGAAAUCGUCCAAUACAAUGUGGCGAGUACGACAAUGUGGCGCUGAGAGCAACAUUACCAGAUUGUUGUACUCAGCCUCCUAUAUUUACCAACUUCCAACACAAAAAACUGUCUCCUGGGCCACAAUAACUAAAUUAAUUUAUAUUUAUCAUUAAAAUAGUUAAUUCCUGAUGUUUUAUGGCAAUAGUUAGGCGUCAAAAAACGGUAAAUAUGCUGAAUACGAUCAUUUGAGGGUGUUUGUUGACAGCCGCGCCGAGCACCACCACCACCACUACCGCUGCCACGGACCAUCACCACCACCUCCACAGAGCACCACCACCACAGUAUUAUAGCGAGGAAAGAUAAUCUAACGCCAUUAAAGAGCAAAGUGUGUGAAUAAGCAGAAGAGCGGAUCAAGAGGAGGAGGACCCACUAAGCGAUAGAGGUCAAACGAAGACUGGCACAGGGGACACCCAGGGUAACCACCUCUGACCCCCUCGCUGCCCCUGGACCUGACGGGGGAGUAAGCAAGGAGCGCAGGAUUGACGGGAACUUUAAAGGAUAAGGUGUAUUUUCCUGCACCUUUAUUACUUGACAGUGUCCAGGAUGGAGCGAAGGAUCAAGCUGAGGACACUGAACGAACACAUUGUCUGCGCCAUCUGCUCGGGGUACCUUGUGGAUGCCACCACUGUCACCGAGUGUCUGCACACAUUCUGCAAGUCAUGCCUGGUGAAGCACCUGGAGGAGCGCAACACUUGUCCCACCUGCGAUAUCGUCAUCCACCAGUCACAUCCACUCAACUACAUUGCCUUUGACCGCACCAUGCAAGACAUUGUUUGUAAACUGGUGCCGCUGCUGCAGGAGGAUGAGCUAAAGCGUGAAAGGGAGUUUUACCGAGCACGAGGGGAAGUGUGCCCCAAGGACCUGCCCCAGGCCAACGAGGAAGAUCCACAGCAGGAUGACAAGGCCGUCAACGACACAGACUAUCACAGACUGGAUGAACAGGUCAACAUCUGCCUGGAGUGCAAGUAUCCCACUCUGGCGCCCCUCAAGAGAAGGUUUAUCCGCUGCUCUGCCCAGGCCACCAUCACCCACCUCAAGAAGUUCCUCGCCCUCAAAGUACUCGAGGGGCCCCAAAAGUACAGAGAGAUCGAUAUAAUGUGCAACGACGAGAUGCUUGGGAAGGAUCACACCUUAAAGUUUGUGCAGGUGACCAGAUGGAGAUUUCGCAGCCCCCCACUCAAGCUGUCCUACCGCCCUCGGAUAGACAUAUGAAUUACUCUUCUCAUCUCUCUCUUACACACACACACACACACACACACACACACACACAGCUAUGCUAUAUCCACACAAUGAAAUGAUAUGGAGGUUGAUCAUGGGAUAUUCUGACUUCCCACUUAGAGCUGUUGGUUAGUGUUGUGACUUACAGCCCUUUGUCUUAGCCACUCAUUUUCAAACCAGUCUGUCUAUUUAUAUAUACCUCUUGACAGCCAUUGCCCUCCAGAAACUCCCCUCGAUACUCUAGUUCUCCAUGUUCAUACCCUUCCUUUUUGCAAGAUUUGUACACCUGUCGCCUUCAAGUAUCCCUCAGUCCUGUUGUACACUGGCCCUCCUCUUUGACUUUCAUAAACCCUCAUCACAAAAUCAACAUUCUGCAUCCUCGUAACAUCUCUUAAACUACAUAUUUUAAUGAAACUGCUUUACCCAUUCCACCACUCCACGCUCUACAUUUCUUGCUCUCACAUCCAUGUCACAUCUCCAGCACACUUCAUCACUCAUCCCAUCCCAUCUUGUUAUAGCACUUAAAGGUGCAAGCCUGCAUGUAAAGAGAGCCUCUUGUGUGUUAGGGGUGGGCUGUCAAACAAGAACCAGUACACUCUUGUCACUUCUCAUGUUCAAGUGAAGUGUCAGUAUACAAUAGGGAGCAUAAUCAUUAUCAUUAUAUAUAUGUGAGUGUGUACCUGUGUGUGUAUGGAAGGUGAUUUUAUACAUGAGUAAUUUAAAAAAACUGACAAAUAUAUUUUUGUGUAUAAUUAUAAACAUUUCUGUGAAGUAUGUUUGAGGACAAGCCUUGUAUGGUUCCCCUGCUGCCUCAAACCACUCACUGAUGCAGUAGCCUACUAAUGCUGGUAAUGUUAAAGUUGACAGUCAUCAGACAUACUAGAGUUAAGGAUGAUCAGGGAAGGAUGAGUGUGUUCAAAACAUGGAGCAAGUAGGUUCAUGCAACAUUAUUAUAAUUGUCUCUCAGCUGACUUAUUCAUGCUCUUUUUCACACAAUGCAAUAAAAGUUAUUUAGAUUUUA